AUGCUUUCCCAGCUACCCAGCUCUUGUUCUUCCAUCAUGCAUGGCACAACCAGUCCCCAGUUCACCACCCUCAUCAUCAUAUGCAUCGCCUCUUUUUCACAAAUGGUGCAUGCACUAGCACUUCAACCCCAGCUUGUGCAAGCCCAUGAUGGCGGCUGCAUCCCAGCCGAGAGGGCCGCCUUGCUCUCCUUCAAGAAGAGCAUCACAAAUGACGGCGCUCAUGCCCUCACCUCGUGGCACGGGCAGGAUUGCUGCCGGUGGAGGGGCGUCGAUUGCAGCAACCGAACAGGUCAUGUCAUCAAGCUUCACCUUCGUCGCAAUACAGUUCUGAACCCUGAUGACGGCGAUUACUAUGAUGGGUGCGCUUAUGCUAAGUCAUUGUUCGGCGAGAUAAGUCCCUCUCUGCUUUCCUUGAAGGAUCUAGAGCAUAUGGAUCUUAGCAUGAACUGUUUGCUAGGGCCAACCGGUCAUAUUCCUCAAUUCUUGGGUUCCAUGGAGAAUUUGAAAUAUAUUAACCUCUCUGGUAUCCCAUUUACCGGUAGAGUUCCUUCUCACCUUGGUAACCUGUCCAAGUUGCAGCAUCUUGACCUUGGCCAGGUUGAUUAUUCUGGGUUGUCCUCAACGGACAUCACCUGGUUAACAAAGCUACCAUUGCUGCAGCACCUUAGCAUGAGCGGAAUAGAUCUCUCAAUGAUAGCUGACUGGCUUCAUACCUUGAAUAUGAUUCCAUCUCUGAGGGUUAUCAAUAUUGCUGCAUGCUCACUUGAUACUGCAAGCCAAACGCUUCCCUACCUUAACCUCACGAAACUUGAGAAGCUUGAUCUUUCUUAUAAUAAUUUGGACCACUCAAUUUCAUCAAGUUGGUUUUGGAAAGUAACAAGCCUCAAAUACCUCAGUCUUCGUCAGAAUCAGUUAUUUGGAAAGUUUCCGGACGCACUAGGAAAUAUGACGUCACUCAAGGUACUUGAUUUGUCAGACAACAAUCUGAAUAAGACUGGAAACCUUAAAAAUCUUCUUAUUAAUCUUUGCCAUUUGGAAAUACUCGACCUCUCAUAUAAUUCUAUGAAUGGAGAUAUAGUGGUGUUGAUGGAAGGGUUGCAAUGUCCACCGGAAAAAUUGCAAGAGCUGCAUUUCAGUGAAAACAAAUUCAUGGGGACCCUGCCGAAUGUUGUAGGGGAAUUCAGCAGCUUGAACAUACUUGACAUGUGCAACAACAACCUUGUUGGACUUAUACCACUAGGGCUUUGGAAUUUGGUGCGUUUAACUUACCUUGAUCUCAGCAUGAAUCAGCUCAAUGGGAAUGUACCAACUGAAAUUGGUGCUCUUACUGCUCUAACUUAUUUGGUCAUAUUUAGCAACAACUUGACCGGAAGUAUACCAGCCGAGCUUGGAAAACUGAAGCAUUUGACUAUCCUUUCUCUCAAAGACAACAAAAUUACUGGACCUAUACCACCAGAAGUUACGCAUUUAACUAGCUUAACCACCCUAGACCUCUCCAGUAAUCACCUCAAUGGAAGUGUACCCAAUGAAUUAGGUUACCUGAAGAAUAUGGUUGGACUGGAUCUAAGCAACAACAACCUUAGUGGUGUGAUCACAGAAGAACACUUUGCAAACCUGAAAAGUUUAAAGGGCAUAGACUUGUCUUCCAAUAGUUUAAGGAUUGUUGUGGAUUCAGAUUGGCAUUCUCCCUUUUCGCUACAGUUUGCAGAUUUCGCAUCUUGUCAAAUCGGUCCUCUCUUUCCAGCCUGGCUUCAGCAGCUGCGGGGAAUCACUCAUCUUGACAUCUCAAGCACCGGUUUAGUGGACAAGUUCCCUGGUUGGUUUUGGUAUACAUUUUCACAGGCAACAUAUCUCAAUAUGUCUAACAACCAAAUAAGUGGCAGCUUGCCAGCACAUCUGGAUAGCAUGGCUUUGGAGGAACUCUACCUGAGUUCAAACCGGCUCACUGGGUCAAUACCUUCGUUGCUGACAAAUAUCACUAUUUUAGACAUCUCCAAGAAUAACUUUUCAGGAGUAAUACCAUCAAAUUUUGAAGCACCCUGGCUUCAAGUAUUGAUUAUCUAUUCAAACCGAAUUGGUGGGUACAUUCCAGAAUCUCUUUGCAAAUUGCAAAAGCUAGUUUAUGUGGAUUUGUCGAACAAUUCUUUGGAGGGUGAAAUUCCUCUUUGUUUUCCCAUCCAAAAAACACAAUUUCUACUGCUCAGUAACAACAGUUUAUCAGGAAAAUUGCCAACAUCUUUGCAGAAUAACACAGCUAUUAAGUUCUUGGACCUUUCAUGGAACAAGUUGUCUGGAAGACUGCCUUCAUGGAUAGGAGAUCUGGGGAACUUGUGUUUUUUACUACUGAGCCACAAUACAUUUUCUGGUAAUAUUCCAAUUAAUAUAACAAGCCUUGGGCAUCUUCAGUACUUGGAUCUAUCAUGCAACAAUUUCUCUGGUGCAAUACCUGGGCAUCUAUCAAACCUAACACUCAUGAAAAUAGUACAAACGGAAUUCAUGUAUAUGGAUGAUGUACAUGAUUCGGGAGACAAUUCCCUGGAGAUGGGGGUUGGUCACCUCGGAGAAAUAUUGUCAGUAGUUACGAAAGGACAGCAACUUCUAUAUGGUACAACACUUGCAUAUUUUGUGAGCAUUGAUUUAUCAGGUAACUCUUUGACCGGUGAAAUCCCUACUGGCGUCACUUCCCUUGCUGCACUGAUGAACUUGAAUUUAUCAUCAAACAAAUUGAGUGGACCAAUUCCAGACAUGAUUGGGGCCAUGCGAGGAAGAUCUUAAGCAGCAUAUGUUAUACCCUGUGUUUAGUUCUUCGGAUGGUCUUAUGACUUUACUGUUAUGUAACUACUGCGGU